UAUCAAGAGGUCGCUGAGGAGUGUGGGACGGUGGCGGACUGUGUUAAUGUCUGCCUACUCAUUGACAAGGUGCGUGUCCCCUGUGUCCGCUUCGGUCGCCCGUUUCGGAAUGCACUCUAUGGCACUGUCGCUUGUGUAAAUCGCGAGGAAGGCGCGUUAGGCACGAAGUCGCUUUUUUCGGCGCUUGCGCUGUCAUUUUCACCCGUCGGUUGACAAACAUCGGAGCCUGCGCCGUAUCUGUCGAUGCAUUUAUAGCUAGCCAGCUAGUUAGCAGGAGAACUAGCCCAUUCGGUGGCUAGUCAGCCAGCUCGCAUUCUGAGCUUUCAUUACCGAGCGCUUAAUAAGUUCAGGUUUUUCAACCGGACCGCCUACCGUGCGCAUACUAGUGUAUUAGCUUACUAACGUUACUCGAACAACAAACAGCGUGACUCGAGGGGGGCCGGGAGAGCGCGACGGAGGCGCGGUGAGCCAGGAGCGGCCGAUGAGUUCAGACCAGGGCGGAGAGCCGCAGCUGCAGGAGGAGGCUGAGCCGGGACCCAAACCCCGAGGGGAGGACGAGAUCACACCCGGGACCGGGGGAGACUCAGGCGUCAUGGUCACUGCUAAAGGAGCUGGUCUGAACCCUAAUGCCAAGGUUUGGCAGGAGAUCCCUGCAACACAAAGUGAAGCUCCUGUGGAUGGCACUGUGGCCUCCCCCUGGUCCCAGAACAAUACGGCUAAAGAUAACUCUGUAGGUAAACAGUACGCGCCUGGCUUCUCCACUCCUGAGGACAACAGCACGGCUGGUACUGUAGUGGGGGUAGUGAACGGUAUGGACCCCCCUGACCAAAGCAUCCCGGUUUCUGAGCACACUACAGCAACUAAUGUGGAGUCCAAGCUCCCCGAGGAACAGCCUGUCUCUGAAGAGACCUUGCGUGAGUCUCUCAAAAAAGAAUUGGAGUUUUGUUUCUCCAGGGAGAACUUAUCUAAGGAUCUUUACCUAAUAUCACAAAUGGACAGUGACCAGUUUGUCCCUAUUUGGACUAUUGCCAGCAUGGAAGGAAUCAAGGUCCUCACAACUGACACGGACCUCAUCUUGGAUGUCCUCAGAUCAUCUCCGAUGGUCCAAGUUGAUGAAAAAGGGGAAAAAGUGCGGCCAAAUCACAAGCGAUGCAUCAUCAUUCUGCGAGAAGUCCCUGAAACAACUCCUGUUGAGGAAGUGGAAGCCUUGUUUAAGAAUGACAACUGUCCCAAGGUAAUAAGUGUGGAGUUUGCACACAACAACAACUGGUACAUUACAUUCCAAUCGGAUACAGAUGCUCAACAGGCAUACAAAUAUUUAAGGGAAGAAGUGAAGACAUUUCAGGGAAAACCAAUCAUGGCCAGAAUAAAAGCCAUCAACACGUUCUUUGCGAAGAAUGGUUACCGCAGUCUGGACUGCAGUGUGUAUCCUCAGCAAACUCACACUCAGUCCCAGUACAGCUCCCCUCUCUUCAUGCAGCCUGUUUACAGCCCCCAGCAGCAGUACCCUCUCUACGGCAUAGUACCUCCUACCUGGACACCAUCUCCUACUCCAUACUUUGAGACACCCCUCGCACCUUUUCCCAACAGUGGUUUUGUCAAUGGAUUUAGCUCACCUGGACACUACAAAACUGGCUCAACUUCUCUCAACCUUAGCCGUCCCUUUAGCAGGAACCGUGUUCCACUCUAUUCAAGAAAGAAUGUAAUAAAUGCCUUCAGGAACCAUGUGAAGCCUCAGACGAGGACUAAUGAUGGUCUGUCUUCCACUGUGUCUCCGGUGGUUCUUGUGGAUGGGCUGUCUGGGCUGCACAACCCCCAGCCUCCAUCCAGCGCUGGGCCAGUGCUGUCAUCUGCUGAGCUCAACUCAUCCUUUCCACACCUAGCUUCCAAUGAUCCAUCUGAUGAUGGUACCAUGGCGGGACGUGGAAGGAGAACGACAUACAGAGGCACUCGAAGGCGGCGAGAGGAUGAUCGUACAACAAGACCAGUUCCCCUGUCUCAAGUGAAGGUACCGUCCCCCAAGUUUGACCUGGCUGCCUCCAACUUCCCACCACUGCCCGGCUGCUCAGCCAGUCCGCAGGGGGAGCCUGUGCUGGAGAACCGCCUCUCUGAUGUUGUGCGGGGCCUAAAUAGAGAAAAGCAGCAGGAUUCAAACAAAGAGUCGGCUGCGAGUCCCGCAGGCCCAGUCUCAGAGGAGACUGUCUCCAGGCCCACCCAGCCUGUAGCCAAGAUGACUGCUCGCGUCCCUGAUCCUGUGACCUCCAGCUCCAACCACCUGGAGAAGAAACUAGACAAGAUGGAGCUUCUGGUUUUUAAAGAGACGUCUGUGACCUCUGCCCCCAUCGCAGCCGUGGCACCCACCCCUGCCCCAACAGCACCUGCUCCAAAGCCUCAGGCCAGCUCGUCCACACCUGCAGCCACCCCCCAAUCUAACACUGUCCCCUCCAGUACUCCUGCACUGGAACCUCGCAAACUCAGUUACGCCGAAGUAUGUCAGCGACCACCUAAGGAUCCCCCUCCUCCAGCAUCCACUUCCAGCCCCAACAAUGCAAGCACGCAGCCUCUGAGAGAGCUGCGCGUCAACAAGGUGGAGGAGCAGCAGCCCUCCAGCUCUGCAAACAAAGAGGAGCGGCCUCAGGAAACGGGGGGUAACUACAAGGCCAGGGAGGGCCGACAGGCCCGUGACUCCCAGGGCUUUUCUCGCAGCAGUGGACCCCCCAGAAGCGGUGCAGGGGGGUUCAAGCUACGGGAGCAGCAGAGACGCCCUCCUUUUGGCCAUCGCGGUUCCCCCCAGGGAGGUUCCAGACACACUGGAAAAGAGCAGAACAUCCCCCCCAUAUCGCCAAAGUAAUGACUCUAAACAGAAAUCCUUAUUGUAUGAAUAUUUACGCACUCAUAUAUAUAUAUAUAUAUAUAUAUAUAUAUAUAUAUAUAUAUAUAUAUAUAUAUAUAUAUAUAUAUAUAUAUAUAUAUAUAUAUAAAAGAGAUGAAAUAUGAUAUAAAAUUCAACAUUUAAAAUGGUAUUCACCUCUCCUGCCUGGAGCACUUCCAGAGGAAAAGUCUCAUGAAGUGACAAUGCACAGACUGGGGUAUCCAGGCAAAACGGGCAUAAGAAAUUGGAAGCAGCUGUUGCUUGUUGAAGGACGCCAUCGAAUAGGAAACCAACAAAAAAACAUUUUAUGCUUCUGACUUGACAAUAUCCCUUCAGAAUGUAAAUCCAUGUGAGAUUUUUUUUUUCUUCUUGAAAGGAGGGUGGCCUCUCUUAGUUUGGGAGAGGGGAAUAUGGGUGGGUGUCUGCAAAGAGCAUAUGCACUAAGAAAAAGAACAUGCAUAAACAAUGUUAUAAACCUAUACAAAGAUAUCACUCUGACAUGCAAUGAUUCAUCUUUUUGUUUUUUGGUUGCUUCAUUCGCAAUCCCAGGACACAGGGCGCUCGACCCCCGGGGUGAUUUGACUGUGGAAAUUAAAUUGUGGUUUGCUUUAUAGUCUAUUAAUUUGGGAUUUAGAUCCUGUGUAGAAUACGCGACGUGUGCUUCAGUGAAUAAUUUUGCAAGGAACUUUAGGGCUGACAGUGCGAUUUGGUCUGGAGUUUUGCAUUAGUUUGCGUGACAUAUUGUAGCUCAUGAUUCAUUCUGGAACUGGCAUUCGGAUUUACUUACGAUCAACUUUGGAGCCUUUUUAAUGAUUCAAAUAUAUAGCCUACUGUCACUUCAUGAAGUCAAAGCCUGCCAAUUAUGAUGUUGUUAUGUCACUGAUUUGCUAAUUUGUUUCUUUUUAAUUUUAUGUGAUUUGUCAUUGUUUUUGUAGCUAGUUUGAGUAACCAACAGCCUGUGAAUGACAACUCUAACAGUCAGGUACAUAGGCACUCAUGAACUUUGUGUCAUCUCAGAUUUGUCCUUUUUGUUUUUUGUGCAUUCUCCUUCCUGGACUGCUCAAAUAUCCUGAUAAUCAGUCAGGCUCUUGACUAUGUUUACAACAAGGUGGUGGUGGAUUGAAAUAUAAUGCAAGGCAGAGUCCGAAUCAUGUUCGUUAUGUGGAUUAGUUCUUAUUUAGAGGGUUUCUUAUAUUCAUUAUCAGUAUAUUCAGAGUUGGCUUGACUGUAUGGAGCAGUUGGCCAUCAUGAUGAUUUAGCUCAAGCUGGAUCCUGAUUUCUUUUCAGCUUUUGUUCAUUUGGAAUCGAAAAUCAACAGUGCAGGUCUCUUUCAGUCAUUUUUAUGAUGAUGUAUUGAUUGCAAAUCUAAUGCCCAGAGUGGGUUAUCUGGCUCAGGGUGACGUUUCAUCUCAUUCCUGUCAUUUACAGCACCAAUACUGGUCUCGCAUUUUUUAUGAACUUCCAAUUCUGCAAAGCUUAAAAGGCAUGGUCAUUUCAUGCAGUUUUAUUGUUUGAAGGAGAUGAGAUUGAAAGGAGAAUCGAAUGUGCUUGGUAGUCCCUGAAUGUGUCCUCCAUGAAUUGUAAUACAAACCCCUUAUUUAAACUGAUACAUUUCUUCCUCCCUAAACAGAACAUUUUGACUGUUGGAUAAAUAGCAAUAUCUGCAAAAUCCACUCGUUAUGAUUGCUGCAAAGUUUCAUAUAGCUUUGCUAUGGUAAUGUGAGUUUUGUCAUUGCUAUGCCAGUGCCAGUGUGUUUUUUUUUGUUUUGUUUUUUUUGAUAGGGUUGCAUGUGUUUGGAUAAUUAGAAAUUGACAGUCGCUUUGGUAGAUGUUACCUGAUAGUGACUGUGGGGAAUAUAAAUAGCAGGGGUGCACUGCAUUCAUUAUAAAAAAUGUUGCUGUGGUGAAUUGAUGCUGUUAUUUGGACGUUUAAUCAGGAGGAUACAGUAUUGCUGUUCAAUUCAUUGUGAAGUAUUGCUUUUAAAAAUUGGUUUUUAAUUUAUUUUAAUUCUGCUGUCCAUCCCCCAUGCAACCCCUGUCCCUUGUAAGUUUGUUAUCAUGACUAUGUACAAAAAGACAUUGGGAGAGAAUCACAGAUUUAUCAUAUUUGUGUAUAUAUAAUUAUUAUUUUUUUUGGCGAUUUCAGCAGAGAAAAUACUUGAUGCAUUUACUAGAGGCUUAGUAAAUAAUAAAUCACUGGGGCUUUUUUUUCCCUCCUUGUUUUCAUUAAUGAAUAUGAGCAGCUAGUGGUUUAGGAUAAUGAAAUGCACUAACUUGUUUAAAAAAAAAAAUCUUAUUAUGUAAUGUGAAAUUAUAAUAGGAGCAUAAGGUAAUGAUAUUGAUGUUGACCGGCUUGCAGAAAUCUACAGAAAAUAGCAAAUUUCUCUUUAAGGUUUGGAUUAUUACUGUUAAUUGAUUUAGGGGUUGGUGUGGCAAAGGGAAGAAUUCUAUAACAUUGGAUUGAAGUGAGACACUAAAUUCUAGCUGUCUGUAUAAAUUGUCACAAAAAGAAAAUAAAUUAUUUUGUUUUGGCCUUA